GGUCAUUCUGGACAUGGGAUCUCUCUUUGUGCAACAAGAGAAUACCGUUGUCACCACAGUAAUUUGCAUGGCUUUCUUUAGCAUUAUGUUAGUGGCAAUUUUCGGAGCUAUCCUCUACGGCAUUGCCAAGCACUUCCUUCUAAAAUACAGGAAACAGUUUCGCUUCUUCCUCUGCCAUCAAAAGGUUGCUGCGGGGAGUUUGGCGCGGCUCCUGAAGAUGGAGUUGCAGAAGCGUGGCUCACGCUUCACCACGUUCGUGGAUUGCGACGACUUGAACGAUUUGACGCGGCUCUUCAGCUACGUUGGCCAAGACACCGAGACGCUGGUGGUGCUCGCUAGCCCAGACAUCUUAACCCGCAAGUGGUGCGUCGGAGAGAUCUGCACCGCCAGGAUCCAAAGGGUGGAAACUGUUGUGGUGGCCUUCCCGGAAUACGCCAACCCCGACAAGACCUUUAUCGAAAGCUAUUCAUCCAUUGUGCCGGACAUCACUGAGCUGGCCAACUACAAUCUGGGAUUGGUGGAGGUGGAAGAAACGCUCAGAUGGAUCAGCACACUGCAGACGAUUGCUUUGCCAGCAUUGCUGACCGCUGACGCUGUUGAUUCCCUUGUGACGGAUUUGUCAGGCACCUUUAAGGCAAAGUCCACGACUGCCAGCUCGUGUCCUGAUUGCAUCAUUCUCGCGGACCUUGACAAUCUGGAGGCGGCUGCAACAGCCUACAUCAUGUUGGGUUUGCUGCUUCCGAAGCUGGUGGGCGGUUCGCACAACAGCAUGCCCACAGUGCUGAAAAAGGAUCAGAAGAUGCCCAAAAGCGCGACAUCUGCUUUGAUGAUCUGCAGCGAGGGAUGUUUCAGGUCUGCAGACGUCGCUUCCAAUUUGCUGGCCGUGAAGGACUUGAAGACAUGUUGCAUCCUGCCCAUCAUCGCAGAGGACGGCUUCCGCUUCCCCAGCCAAGCGUUUUAUGAAGACUUGGUGACAAAUCGACAGCUCUCAUCUCUUGAUUUGCAGAGCUACGUGCAGAUCAUUAAGGCCAUCUUUCAGGAGAUUGCCGUGGUUUUCUCUCCUCAAAAUUAUUCCUCAACGCAGGAGGACUUGGAGCUUCGCUCGAAGCAGGUGGUUUGGAGGCUUCAAAGUGGAGAUUUAAAGCCGCUGUCAUCGAAGCUGGCGACAGAAGUCUCGGAGCCCAGCCCCGAGCCCAGCGUCGAGCAGCCACUGAAGCCACUGGGGCAAGCGGAGCAAGUACCCAAAGUGGACGAGAGAAGCGAUCUCGUGGAGACGGCGAAUGCACCGCCCAUGCCUGACAAGAUUGAGCCCUGGGAAUCCGAAGAAAACUUUUCCUGCGCAACCAUCAUCUCCCAAGAGCUCUGAGCUAUCGUGGCUCCGAGCUGAUUGCCACCUGCGCGGGGAAACACUUCGAAAUACUUUCUUUACCAUCAGGAACGGUGUAUAUUGCCGAAACAACCGUUUUUGGCUCUUCAGGGAGUGAUUUGUUUUGAAGGUCCUCUUAAGGAGUGUCCUUUUGAUGGUCCUGCGGGCGAGUCUUCUGCUGAAUAACUUACCUACGUUGUUUGUUCUUGAUUCUUG